AGAGGCAGAGACUCAGGCAGGGGCUCAAGUGCCACUUUCUCAGCAUUGUCAGUGCGGGCAGCAUCCUCUCCUAGCCCGGGUACAGUAACUGCUGCACGCAACAAAUUAUCCUCCGGAUCCGGACAGGAGAUUCGGGUUUGCUCCAUCCAUGCGAUCCGAGCCCGACUGACUAAGAGAGAGAGAGAGAAAGAGGGAGAGAGAGAGCGCGCACCAUCCACCUGGAUAAGCGGCAUCAGCAUCAGCACCAGCGCAGGGAGAACGCGGACGAAAAGCAUCGCCACGAGAAUAUGAUGCUCCAACAGCACUUGCUCUUUGUGCUCUACAGCUUCUGUGGGAUUGUCAUCAAAGAGGCGGCGACAAAAAACAAAGUGAAAGGUAGUCAGGCUCAGUUCCCCAUCACCCAGAAUGUGACAGUGGUUGAGGGCAGCACGGCGAACAUGACCUGCCGAGUGGAUUAUAAUGAUAACACCUCCCUCCAGUGGUCAAAUCCAGCACAACAGACCCUCUUCUUUGGGGACAAGAAAGCAUUGAGGGACAACCGGAUUGAACUGGUCCGAGCCUCAUGGAAAGAGCUGACCAUCAGCAUCAGUGACGUGGCUUUGUCAGAUGAAGGACAGUACACAUGCUCGCUCUUCACCAUGCCUGUCAAGACUUCCAAGGCUUUCCUGACUGUGUUAGGUGUUCCAGCAAAGCCAGAAAUCACGGGUCUCUCGAGACCUGCCCAGGAGGGAGAGGACGUCACACUGACAUGCACCACAUCUGGCAGCAAACCGGCUGCUGACAUCCGAUGGUUCAGGAACGACAAGGAGGUGCAAGGUCAGAAGGAGGUAAACGCUACGGGCAGAUCAUUCACAGUCAGGAGCAGCGUUCACCUGAAGGUGGACAGAAAGGAUGAUGGAGCUGCGUACACCUGUGUGGUGGAGCACGUCACACUGGGCUCUUUACCGCACCAGGUCACAGAAGUGCUGGAGGUUCACUAUCCUCCUCAGGUAAAGAUUGUGCACUCAGUAAUUGUACCUCAGGAAGGACAGUACUUCAAACUGGAGUGUAUGUCCAAAGGCAACCCACUGCCUGAGCCAGUAAUGUGGACAAAAGAUGGAGGUGAGCUUCCAGACGUAGAGCGAAUGAUCGUGGAGGGCAGAGAUCUGAUCAUCACCACACUGAACAAAACAGACAACGGCACAUAUCGCUGUGAGGCCAGCAAUCACCUCGGCACAAACAGAGAUGAGUUUGUGCUCUAUGUCUAUGCUAAAGAUUUCCCAGGUACAACUACAGAUCCCAAUGCUCUGACGCAGCACGGCCCCGACCACGCGCUCAUCGGCGGAGUGGUGGCCGUGGUCGUCUUCAUCACCCUAUGCUUCAUCAUCGUCUUGGGCCGAUAUCUGGCCAGGCACAAAGGGACAUACUUAACCAAUGAGGCCAAAGGAGCGGAGGACGCCCCUGACGCAGACACUGCCAUCAUCAAUGCGGAGGGGAACCACGCACAUGCAGAGGAAAAGAAAGAAUAUUACCAGGGAGCGGCAAGAAAUGUGGUUCAUCUCAAGUCGGAAAACCUUGGCUUUGCCAAUAAUUACGCUUUAAGACAAGAAUAUGUGAGAUGUAUAAUGUAAAUAUCAUGUACUGUCUGUUCUUGUGUGCGUGUCUGUUGUUUUCCAUUGUAUAAGUGGGUGAUUUUUAUCAACUGCCCCCCCUGACCAUAGAAUUAAGAAUGUGGCCAAGACAUACGGACAAUUCGAUUCAAUUGUACGGACACCCGAAAAACAAGACGGCAGAUUGAAAAUGGCAGGAAGUCGAUGAAGCACAAAUGAGAAUUGGUGUGUGACCAUUAGAAGAGAGAUUAUUUUCUAUUUCCGUCAUACCUGUCUGUAUAUUCUUGCACUGUUAAUACCCUCCCCACCUCGAGCGUUUGUUUCAGACCUGAAAAUGUAUCAAACGUAAGCACAAAGUCAUUGUAAAAUGUCAUUGGUUUAGACAGUCUCAGGAUGAAAAAGAAGAGCCUAAUUGAAUUUGUCUUUUAUCACUUGAGUGAAUGAUGAGUUUUUGUUCUCACUUUGUCAAAUCGAUUUGAAUGGAGGAGUGUUUCAUUUGGAUUCGCUGACUGACCCUUGUUAAUAUUGCUGUAUAUUACUUUGCUAAAGUGAUUCUUGGUGGAAUAUUGUUAAACUAUAGGAUCCCAUAUAUAUACAUACACACACAUAUCUAUAUAUAUGAGAAAACAAAUGUCAAAAAUAUCUAUUUGGAGUGUCCCAUACUUUUAGUUAAUAUAAGUGAAGAACAUACAGUUGAAACCAGAAGUUUAUAUACACUGUAUAAAAAGGCACAUAACCAUUUAAACUUUUGACUAAACUUUUUCUCUUUUAGGUAAGUUAGGAUUAUCAAAUUUGUUUCUGUUAUGCUUAAUAGCAGAUUAACAAGAGACAUUAUUUGAGAAAUUGCUAUAACCAUUCUUGAAAGUCAAGUUUACAUACAAUAAGAGUAUUAUGCCUCUGAAAAAGCUCAGACGAUGGUGUCAAGGUUUUGAAAGUUUCUGAUUGGCUAAUUGACAACAGUUGAGUUAAUUGGAAGCACAACUGUAGAAUAGUAUUUAACGAAAACCUUAAAAACACUGCUUCCUUGUGUGACAACAUGGGAAAAUCAACAAGCCAGAAUCAACAAAAAAGCCAGAUUACAAUUUGCUAAAUUACACUGGGAAAAAGAAUAAUUUUUUGAGACAUGUCCUGUGGUCUGAUGGAACUGAGAUUGAACUGUUUGGCCAUAAUGACCAGUAUUAAAUUUGGAGGACAAAGGGGAAAGCUUACAAGCCUAGCAACACCAUCCCAACUGUAAAGUAUGGGGGCUGCAGCAUCAUGUUGUGGGGUUGUUUUGCUGCAGGAGGGACUGGUCCACUUCACAGCAUGGAUGGCAUCAUGAAGAAAGAACAUUAUGUAGAAAUACUGAAGCAACAUCUCAAGACAUCAGCCAGGAAAUUAAAACUUGGCCACAAAUGGGUCUUUCAAACAGACCAUGACCCUAAGCAUAAUGCCAAAUUAGUUAAAAUGUGCUUUAAGGACAACAGAGUGAAUUUUUUGAAGUGGCCAUCACAAAGCCCUGACCUCAAUCCUAUAGAACAUUUGUGGGCAGAGAAAAAGCUUGUGAGAGCAAGCCUACAAAUCUGACUCCGUUACAUCAAUUCUGUCAAGAGGAAUGGGCCAAAAUUCCUUUAAACUAUUGUGAGAAGCUUGUGAAUGGAUACCCAAAACAUUUGACCAAAGUUAUAGAGUUUAAAAGCAAAGCUUCAAAAAUACCAAGGAAAUGUAUGUAAACUUUUGACUGUCUAGAAAUUAAUAAAAAAAUCUAAAAAAGAAUUCUCUCAUUAUUCUGGCAUUUAGCAAAUGUAAAUCAUUUAGGCAAUACCAACGGACCUAAAAUAGUAAACAUUUAGUAUGAUUUACCAUCAGACAUUAAAAAAUGGUUAUGUUCCUUUUUUUAGAGUGUAUGUAGGCUUCUGGUUUCAACUGUAUUUGUUUGUUAGUUUGCUUUUGUCCCAACCCAGGGAAUGUAUAUAAUGUGUAUAAUUCAGCAUUUAGUACGCUGUUUAUUUAAUUGAAUUUGAAACUCUUUAUUGCUCUGUUUUGUGUGCGACUCCAUUUUAGCCUCUCAAUACUACUGUAUGUCCCGACAGAAACUUGUCAUAAUACUAAUUUAUUGGGUAAAUCUGAUGGACAAACACAAUACAUUAUUAUUAGUGCUUUUUCUAAGCUCGUGAACAGAUAGGAUCGUUUGUUCAUGAGAAGGUCAGAACAACAAUCACCAUUAUUGCCUUUGUGUUUGCAACGAAACAUACGACGACCACACAUUGAAGCUCUGGAGAACGCGUAUCCUUCAAUGUACGUUUUUACGAAACAUGUUUCCAGUGUUCAUACUUUAUUUCACUCUUUAUAACAUCAACUAGAACUGAGACAUUUUUCUAAGACCUUUUGAGUUGCUUUUUUUUUGGUUUUGCUGUAUGGGGAAAAGUGCGAGGUUGCUUUUACAUUAAAUAUCCAACUUUUUCAAACUAUGCCUCUGUAAGAAAAGAAAAAAAAAACUCAGAAUACUGAGUAAAAUAUGCACAAACUCA